UUUUAAGGCCUUGUUUGGAAGAUCACGCUCAGGCCUUCAGGAAGCGCGUCAAUGAAGCAAACAAGACAACAACAAACAGAAGGCUUAGGAGUAGUAGCCGGGGUAGAACUUAAAAGGCAUAAAUCAGAAAUCAGAAUGUGAAUAGAAUGCGAGGCUCAGCAUCUCCCCAAUCUUUCAUUAUAAAGCGAAUAUAUAAAUUUUAAGGCACCCGAAAGAAAGUAAAAACGUUGAAAAACAUUAUAACAGAUAUUUCAAGUUUUUUGGAGAGCUGCACACUUGUAUUGAUGCUGAUGAAUCCCUCGUUUUAGGAGACGUCCCCUCGAUACAGACCAAGGCAAAAGGAGCAGAAGCUGUGUCGUUUUGAUACAACCAGAUGGUAAGUGAAGAAUCAAAUUCAUUCAAUUAGUUCAGGCUUUUCAACUUUCAGCUGCUAAUAUUUACUGCAACAGCAAUUUGCUAGGUAUACUGUUCAUGGUUGCUGGUGAUUGAGAAAGAUGUAGCCAAAUCCAUGUUAUCUGCCUCGUUUAAUGUCUGAGUUUCAGUGAAUUUGUAUUUUAAUAGGUAAUGGUUAGGCCAUAGUGAAGUACGAUGAAGGGUUCAUGUAAGAAAGAUUUUGGCCUACGUUCUGCUCAUUCAACAUCCCCUGAUUUUCUUGGAUGCUCAUCAUGGAAAACUUCAUCUGGAUUUCAUGGACAAGAAUCACCUAUGUCCAAAGGUUUGAGCUUAAACAUGGGAGUUCUUCCACAACAAUGUCUUAAUACUAAGCUGUCUAGUUUUCCAUUUCAAGAACAACUCUCAUCUUCAACUCAACCAAAUGAGCAAUCUUAUCCUAAAGGUGUUUCGGCAAAUUCAGGUCAGUUUUCUAUGCAAUAUAGCAGUUCUUCUGAGGGAAUGUCCUUGGGAGGUCUCAUCAGGUCAUCUGUGGGGAGGCAGGAUUUUGCCUUCGCUUCUCCAUUUCUGGAUCAUAACAAAUCAACUAUUCAUCAUGCUCAACUAAUGGGAAUGGCUCCUCUUCGACUUCCACUUCCACUUGACUUCACUGAAGAACCCAUAUUUGUGAAUGCAAAACAAUAUCAUGCAAUUCUGAGGCGAAGACAGCAUCGAUCAAAACUCGAAUCACAGAACAAACUCAGCAAAACGCGGAAACCAUAUCUUCACGAGUCUCGGCAUCUACAUGCGUUGAAGAGAGCCAGAGGUUCCGGUGGACGCUUUCUUAACACCAAGAAGCUUCAAGAAUCAUCAGAACUACCUUCAGCAAGUCAAUAUGAAACAGAACCUGAGUUUCUUGGGUUAGAAAAUUGCAGAGGCAGCGCACCCACCUCCACUUGUUCUGACAGCGACAACAUAUUACAGCAACAACAUGAAUCAAAUUUGAGGUUGUCCAGAAGAUAUCCUUCUAAUGUUGGAAUCAAUGUGCAUAGUUUCUCAGUUGACCAUAUGAGUGGUGAUGAGAAUCAGCAUGGGUUGUCUGUCUUCAUGUGACAGAUUUGAAAGGGGAAGUUAUAGCGGUUAUUCUUGUUUCAUCUUUCGGUUGGAAAAAGAUCACUGCUUGAUUGAAUCCCUUGGGAAGUCAUCCUCGGCUCAUUUUAUGUUGUGUAUUUCUAUUACUAGCUUGUUUAAGGAGAGAUUUUUAGGUCUUUGCUAUAUAUUUAAUUAGAUUAAGUAU